AUGAACCUCAGUCGCUCUUUGAAAGGGCCGUAUUGUUGUCCAAAGGCCAUUGCACAUUAUGCUUCCCCUUCCGCUUCCUCAUACCGUUCUACCUUAUACUUCAGGACAACCACUGUGUCUCGUUUCCAAGUCGCACAAUUCUCGAGAAGAUGGGCACAUUCUUCACAUAAGCAGUCGUUUUUGGCUGCCACCGUAACAACGUCUUCCCCAGAUGCCACCCCUAUUGAUGACCUUGUUGCCCGUUUGGAUGCGAAUAUAUGGGUAAAAAACGGCGCCGAACCACGCUGUUGGAUCUUCUUGGUUUCAAGAGGGUUGGCACACCAAUUGGGCGAUGAUGAAGGGUUUAUACGUCGCUCCAUAUCGCAUUUGACUGGCGGACAAUCGGUGGAACGACAAUUCGCAGCAGCCCUCGCGGUAGUAGAUCGAAUUUCUCGACCAAUCGCUCGUCCCAAUGACGGCGAACAUACGAUCGGAGGUUCAACCACUCGAAUCAAGCACCCUCACACUCGGAACGAUGGUGAUGAAGGGAUCUGCAUUUUGCAGCUUGAGGAAUCGUGUGUUGGUAUAACCACCGCAACAGCUAACAGCUCAACCUCUUCACGGCCCAUAUAUAUCGAGUUCAAUCCAACACCGAUUGCAGCGUCGAACAUCCCUCCGCGGCAUGUUGACUCUACCGUACAUGCUGUCGAGUUCCCGUCGGCCAAUACACUAUUCCAGCUCGGAAGAGAACGAACUAUAUUUAUGUACGAAUCAAGAGAAGAUUGCGAUGGCAUUCGCUCGCUUGGGCGUACACUAGUGGAGAAGAUAUCUAUUCGGUUGCAGUGGCCAAGGAACGCGGCUGUCUCAGGGGCACGACCAGCAACUCUGAACGUUCCUAUCUAUCCUUUAACACAACCGGCCAAGGUUGUGGACUGCAUGGGAAACAUCGUCCGCCGCGUAUCCGAUAUUCAAGCCUCUGCUUCAGACCCCCCUACAGAAAGGCCGGCAUCUUCGGAACUUGAACAGUCUGUAUCGGAGCUGUUCCAAGCGCAGGGAAUACAGCCUCAAGCUAUUCCAGUUUGGGCACUGGUGUUGCCUCCAGAUGCAGUUGGGGAAAGGGAAGGCCCGGUUGCACUCCAAGAUUACUGGGAAUCGAAUCCUCCAAAAUCGGAUCCCACAGUACCGCAACGAAUUGCUCAAGGGGCUACCUUUCGAAGAGUUCUCAGUGGAGGCGGUGGAUACGGUAAGAAGCAAGGCUUGAUAGCCUUGGACUACCGAUUCGAUGACUCCCUUCGAGAGUUCGAUCGCUUCGAUAUUUCCGGGGAACUGGGCUCCCAUCCGAAUCUAGCUGGUUUCGCCGAGCACGUCAAAAAGGGAUCUCAUAUCCAAUUUUUCACGAAUUUUAUCCCGGAAACCGCAGCAAGCAUGCAAAAGCGGGAUCCCAAGGUCGAUGUCAGAUCUGUUGAGUUCGGAACAAUUCCGAAUCUUGAUAACGAGUUACCCCUAAAUACCGACUCGAGCAACGAGGCAGAGAUAGCGUCCUUCUCAAACCACGUGGGGAUCUUAUCAGGCCAGGGCCUCGGUAUUUCAUUCUGCCAUGGAGCCCUUACAGAAGAAAAGCAUAACAUCUCUGUUGACAUACCGUAUUCCCGGCUGGAAGUCUGUCAUGAUACGGUGAGCCCGCAAACCGACUUCGACUCAAGUGUCCUUGGACGCUCGGUCAAACAGUCUGUUGAAAAACUACCAACGGCCUUUAGGCGGGUGCACAUUAAAGCUGUUGAAACUUCUCCCAUGACCUCACAAGAGUCUCUACAGCUUCCUUCGGCUCUCAAUCUGUCGGUGAGAUCAAAUCCGAGCCGACCGAUCCCAGGCCCGUCACAGCUCAUCUCCCGUGCCAUUCCAACGAAACUUGAGGGAAAUUUUCAUCGAGACGUUCAGAAGAAACAUGAUCCAGCGCCUGAGGAAGUAUUCGGCGUCGUACGGAAAGCCUUCUCGCUCCGACCGCGUUCUACCGGUAGGUUGGCACUGGAGAACCAACCCCGGGAUUAUUCCUUCCCGUCAGGGAGUUCUGCUAAUGAUGGACCAUUGCCGCUGAGAAUCGAAAAGCAAACAGACAUGGUCAAUCAUGUGCUUGGUAUUAUCGGAUCGAGCUCGCGAAGCAGAUAG